CACACACACACACACACACACACACACACACACACACACACACACACACACACACACACACACACACACACAGAGAGAGCAACAGACUAGUCUUGAUGGGUUCAUUCACAUGUUCGGGGCUAGGAGCUUGCAUUUUCAAAUAUUCUGAUUAAUUAUGGAUCUCCCCUGAAACUCUGGUAAGAUAAUUGAGUUAUGAAUCGAAUAGUAAAUUGAAUAGCCUAUACGAAAAUAGCCUACUAUCUAGGCUUGGAUAAAGCGCACGAGUGCUGCCGUGGUUAAGAACGCUCCAUUGAUCUUUACCUAUCCGCUACUGGUAAUAAAGAGCGGCGUGUACAGACGGAGUGACGCGGUCAAUAAUUGACCGGCUGAUCGGCAGAUUGAAAGGAGGUCCUGGAGGGAGACGGCACCUGUAAGCAGCGCACCGCCGGCAGUGCGCCUGUCCCAUUUUGAAAAAAGUUGGCAGUGCAAUGGUUACGCGGAGUGCCAUUCGUGAUUGUGUUCUCAAGGGCAAACGAAACGAGGAAACCGAUGGCAACAACAAAUGAAGACUCCUACUUUGCCAACCUCUCCCUCUCGUUACACCUCGUGGCUUUUGCGCGACGUCAGCGAGGCCAGAUGAUCACCAGCCUGGUUACAUUGGGAGGAUAAAACUGCGAAGAUGCGCAUCGUGUGGAUACGACAUCUUUUCACACGCGUCGGGUGCACGGUGACCGAGCCUAGGCAUGGGCUGUGCGCCGCCGUCUCCGUCAUUCAUACUGCUGCACCGUUUGUGAGCCACCGUCCAAAGAGUGGAGCGGUUCUUUACAGCGAGGAUUUAGGAUAACGCCACGAUUGAAUUGGACUCUACUUGGGAGAUGUGACCGCCCCACCGGAAUCCUGAUUCUGACCAAUAGACUCGCGUGGUCGGUUUGUUAUUCCUGCCCGGCGUUUGAAUUAUAUCAGCCGGAUAGGAAGGAAGACUUAAAGUUCACUUAAGUAUUGAUGGAUUAUGGAUUUAUCAUGGAUGCAUCCCAUUGCCAGAUCUCACAUAGUUUAUCCAUAAGGUAAGCCAUAAUAGUAGGGAUAUACAUUGGUCUUUUUAGAAAUCAAUCAAGCAAUAGGCUGAAAUUACAAUGGAAAGGCUACUUUAGGCUAGACAUAGGGGCAUAGCCCAAAUAGACCCACAUCUAUAACGCUUUUAUAGAUGUAUUCCGUGACACUGAAAGCAGGAAAGCCUUUAUGGAGCUGGAAUAAAGAUCCUAUGUGUUGUCUGCUGUGAUAAACUUUGUAACGCUGAGGAUGCCGACGCGGGCGUCCCGUCAAUGAGAGGAAGGCGGGGGGAUACAGCGUGGAUCGUCUGCGUACUCUACCGGUCCCUGAAGACCCGGAGCCCGGCGUGAAUCACCUUCGGGAUUGCCCCCCCCCCCCCCCAAUUUCUGCCUGCCUUCGGGACCACAACACAAUGAGGAUUAUGCUUCAAGUUAUUCUAGGAAUGUUUCAAUUCCUGCUCCUCACCAGACUCCCCGUGUCCCAAGCCAAGCUCGCACACUGGCGGCCUGCUGACUCCCCCAGGUCCCGAGAGGCUCGAGAAGUCCGCCGCUGGAUGGAGGUGUACUCCCGCAGCGGGUGCGAGCCACGGGACACCCUGGUGGAGGUGUGGCGGGAGUUGCCGGGGGAGACGCACCACCUCUUCGUUCCCGCCUGCGUGUCGGUGCGGCGGUGCGGCGGAUGCUGCUCUGACGAGGGGAUGGCGUGCGUGCCGUCGCUCACGCACACGCUCACCAUGGAGUUGAUGAGGACCUCCUUCAUGAAGCACGACCUUGUGGAACUGCCCUUCGUUGAGCACAGCCAGUGUGAGUGCAGACCCAAAGAAGAUGCCCGGCUUCCAACACAUACUACGAGGCCUCUUCUCAAGCCGGCAAGGAAAGGCCGGAAGAAGGAGAGAGGCAAAUCCAAACGGAGACCAGUGGAAAACCCCAUCAGAACGACCGUCGUGGUUCCCAGCCCUGCUCCGCCCUCCCUGCCUCCUCCCCCGACCCAGCUCCCCUCCCCUCCUCCCCCCCCCCCGACCCCGGCGCCGUCCCGCCCGGCCUGCCGCCCCUGCGCUGGCAGGAAGUGGGCGCUGGACGGGGAGACGUGCCGCUGCCGCUGCACGCUGGCGGAGGACAACUGCGCUCUGAAGCACCGGAGGCUCAACCCUCAGCGCUGCAGGUGCGAGGCCCUGGGAGCGUGA